AUGUCAGAAAUAAAAAAGUUUACACGAUCAUAUUUUAAUCGAACAUUCUCCAUGAUUAAAGUUAAUAUUUAUGAUUCAGAUAUUAUAAUGUUGAAUCAUUGGACUAGUUAUACACAACCAGAUCCUAUUUAUAAUUAUUUCAUUGCAAUACUUGUUGCAUUAAUUGGAAUUGUUGGAACAAUAACAAAUUUAUUUGUAAUAUUUGUGUUUUUGACACCAAAAUCAUCAAUUAAUCUACAAUGGGCUUUGAUUAUUAAUCUGGCUAUUUCUGAUUUUGGAUUUUCAGCAGUGAUUGGUUUUCCUUUAAAGACAAUUGCUGCUUUCAAUCAAUACUGGCCAUGGGGAAGCGUGGCUUGCCAAUUAUAUGGAUUUAUCAGUGGUACAUUUGGAUUUUUAUCUUUAACAACUAUUGCUGCAAUUUCAUUUGAUCGUUAUUUAGUUAUAGUUAAAAACUAUAAGACUGAAAAUUUUCUGAUCAUCUGUACUGUUAUAGGAUUUUUAUGGAUAUGGUCAAUAUUAUGGACUAUUCCUCCAUUCUUUGGUUAUGGACGUUACGUUCUUGAAGGAUAUCAAACAUCAUGUACAUUUGAUUAUAUUUCGAAUGAUAUGCCUAAUCUUUUAUUCAGUUCUGGAAUGUAUGUAUUUGGCUUUACGUUUCCAGUGCUUUUAUGCAUAUAUUGUUAUGUGAAUCUACUUAAAGUUGUUCAUAACAAUGAAAGGAUAGUAUUAAUAUCUUUAUCUAAUGAUGGUUCAGCGAAACAACAUAGAUCCAUACGAAAGUAAUUAGACCAUAUAAGAAAUG